AAAUUUAAAACUAGCCCUUGUAAUCUUUCAGCUUCAGCUAGCCGUUAAACAGAUAAAACCAGCCAACAAGUCUUCCUUUCUAACCCAUACAAAUCCCCAUUUUUAUCCCCAUUAGAUUCUUCAAAAAUUUGAAUGUUCGUAAAGAAUAUAUACAUAUAGCUUUUUGUAUAUAUAGGUCUUUCAAAGAGGAAAAGGAAGAUGAAGAGUGUGAAGGGGAAGUUGUUGAAGAAACUCAAGACAAUUAAAACAAUUGGGUACCUGAAACCCGAAAGAAUUCUCCAUGUUAACGCAGCCGACGGGCUUAUCGAAAACAUAUUUGCUAAACCAAGUAGUAAAGUUGAAGAAAAUCAUUUACUUUCUGAUAAAGAAGUAAUGCAGGUUGAAAAACAGAGCAGUUUUUCAGUCGAAGAGUCAGUUGAAGGACCGGAAAUCAUCGAUGUAUCCGAGCUCAUGAAGGACCUUGAAGAAGAUGAUGAUGAUGAUGGGUCUGAUAUGGAUUCUGAUGAUGUUGAUGACAAAGAAAACUAUCGACCCAAGACUGAUAAGAAUCCGGUAAACCGGAAUUCAAAUAGUUUUGGUGCUACCCCUUUGAAGGAGAUUGACAUCUCGUCUUUUCGGGCACCGAAUUUGGAUUCGGGUACUCUUUUCGACCCGAAUCUGUUAGCUGUUUUUCAGCAAGCGGUUUUGGAUGUUAGAGCUCAAGAAGGAGAGAAAACAUAUAGAGGUUUGAAUCACAUUGGAGACAAUUUAGAUAAUGAUCAGGAGUCGGAUGCAGAACCGCGGUUGAAAUCGAUGAAAUUGGAAGAAAUCAAUGAUCCUCUUUCGGAAUUCGAGAGAAUAUGUCCGCCUGGAGGAAGUGAUUCGGUGAUUUUGUACACAACAGGAUUUAGAAGUGUCCGAAAGACAUUUGAAGAUUGCUCGAGUAUUCGGUUUUUACUAGAGAGUUUUAAGGUUUUGUAUCAUGAAAGAGAUUUAUCAAUGCAUUUAGACUUCAGAGAUGAAUUAUGGCGGAUAUUGGGCCGAAAAGUGGUACCACCGAGGCUGUUUAUAAAGGGGAGGUACAUUGGAGGAGCUGAGGAAGUGUUGCGGUUGCACGAGCAAGGGAAAUUCCGGCCACUUUUAGCUGGAAUUCCGGUAAACAUGUUUGAUGGGCCGUGCGAAGGGUGUGCUGGGGUUCGGUUUGUGGUGUGUUUUAGUUGCAGUGGUAGCCGGAAGGUGGGUUCGGGUGACGGAUGGUUGCCGGAAAAGUGUAGGGAAUGUAAUGAGAAUGGCUUGAUCAUGUGUCCCUUUUGCAGCUGAACUUUUUGUUCCCUGUAUUGAGUGUAUUGUCAUUGUCAAUUGAUUAUAUUUGUAUGUUUUUUUUU